GAAAUUUCUUAACCACACACACAAACAACCUAAGUUUUUUUCCUGGAGCCUAUAGGAAAAAAUAUUUCUUACCUGGCUUUUUACCUUAGUCAGUGUGCGCGUGCAUUCCCACGCUCAUCGUCUCUCUCUCUCUCUCUCUCUCUCUCUCGCUCUCUCUCUCUCUCUCUCUCUCAGCACUCAGCACGCGGACGCCUCCAUGGAGGGCUCGUGCAGCAGUCCUCUGCCCUACUACUCCCAAAGCCACAUUUCCAGCCAGAAUCUUACAGUUUUUGCUGAACAGCCCUCGCAGCAUCCCAGCGGUACCAAUUUCCAACUUUAAAACAACAUUCCCCCCUCUCCUUUGAAGCCCUUCCCCUUUAGUUUUUUUUUUUCUUUCAUCCAUUCCAGGGAGAUACGUCAGUCCCAGGGAAUUAAACGAGGUUGCUCGUUUUUUGGGGGGUUUACUUCGGGGCUCCGCAUGGAUGUGGCAGCGGCAGAGAGGAUGACUCUGCCGGUUAUCCGACUCCGGAAUCGGCCGACGCAAGUGAUGCCGAACCAGCGGAAGGUGAAAGCCAGACGGAAAAGACGAAAGGAGUUGGUUUUAAUCCAGAUAUGCUUGUUCGGCGGCUUGCUUCUGGUCGUGAAGGGGUUUUCCUACUUAGCGGAAAAUUCAGGUUUCCACGUGUCAAGCCACGGCGGCGACGGCCAGGAGAGAUGGGCAGGGAGGAGGCUACUGCAGGAAAUGGACAACAGCAGCCUGGAGGAAAUGGAGAGUGAAGAAUCUAAGAACUGCACGACUCCAGCUCUGCACGAGUUCCCUACAGACCUGUUCACACACAAGGAGAGAACAGAAGGAGCUGUGGCGCUGCAUGUCCUUUGUACCAUUUACAUGUUCUGUGCCCUGGCCCUCGUAUGUGAUGACUACUUCGUCCCCUCCUUGGAGAAGUUGUGUGAGCGCCUCCAACUCAGUGAGGACGUAGCAGGGGCAACCUUCAUGGCCGCUGGCAGCUCGGCUCCUGAACUCUUCACAUCCAUCAUAGGGGUGUUCAUCACCAAAGGUGACGUAGGUGUAGGGACCAUCGUGGGAUCAGCUGUCUUCAACAUCCUCUGCAUCAUUGGUGUGUGUGGCUUCUUCGCCGGCCAGGCAGUGAAGCUGUCUCACUGGGCUCUACUCCGAGAUUCAAUUUAUUACACAUUUUCCAUCACAGCCCUCAUUUUGAUCAUCUACGAUGAGAAGGUGAGCUGGUGGGAGUCUCUUAUCCUGAUUCUCAUGUAUGCGCUCUACAUCCUCAUCAUGAAGUUUAACGGCAGGGCACAUCGCUACUUUGACCGUCGAAAGAAGAGCUCUGUGAAUCUGUCCAAUGGGCUAACAGGAAGCACUGAUCUGGAGGAUAAUAUCACAUGUGAUGCUACUGCAGUCCUGCUCAAGAAAGCUAACUUCCACUGUAAGCCGUCGGUGCUGAUGGUGGACGAGCUGCUGUCUGCGUACCCCCACCAGCUGUCUUUCUCCGAGGCCGGCAUGAGGAUCAUGAUCACCAGCCACUUCUCCCCCAGAACCCGCCUCACCAUGGCCUCCCGCAUGCUUAUCAAUGAGAGACAGAGACUGAUCAACACCACUGAGACCCGAGUCAACCGCAUCACCAACGGCGACUCUGACUCGGCGGCCAGGGCUCAGGGGAGGCGGGGCUUAGAGAAUGGGAUGGGCGGAGCUGAGCAGGGUCUGAACGGGAGGUGUCGACUUCAGCUGCUGGAGUCUGGGAACGAGACGGAAAACGAAAACGAGGACAAUGAAAACAAUGAGAACGACGAAGAAGGAGAGGGAGAAGACGACAGCAAUGGCCCCCUGCUGCCUUUUAAAGUGCCAGCCGGAGCAUGUAACAAGCUGAAGUGGCUAGUAAUGUGGCCACUGUCCCUGCUUCUGUUCCUCACCGUGCCCAACUGUGCCAAGCGGCGCUGGGAGAGGUGGUUCAUGGUCUCCUUCUUCACCGCCACCAUGUGGAUCGCCGGCCUCUCCUACAUCAUGGUCUGGAUGGUAACUGUGAUCGGCUUCACUCUGGGCAUUCCAGACGUUAUCAUGGGCAUCACCUUCCUAGCAGCAGGCACCAGCGUCCCGGACUGCAUGGCUAGUGUUAUAGUCGCACGGCAAGGUCUGGGAGACAUGGCCAUCUCUAACUCCAUAGGCAGUAAUGUGUUUGACAUCCUGGUGGGCCUGGGCCUGCCCUGGACCCUGCAGACACUCUGCAUCGACUACGGCUCCAACAUCUAUCUUAACAGCAGAGGACUGAUAUUCUCUGUUGGACUCCUGCUAGCCUCAGUUUUCGUCACAGUUCUCGGUGUCCAUUUGAACAAUUGGACUCUGGAUUGGCGACUGGGCUUGGCCUGCCUCAUCCUGUACACCAUCUUUCUAUGCUUCUCCAUCCUCAUCGAGUUCAACGUCUUCAUCUUCGUCAACCUCCCUAUGUGCCGAGACAUCCACUGACCUCCCCUCUCCUCUUCUUCUCCGUCUUCCUCUGGUUGAAGGAAGAAAACCCUCUCCCGGCUUCCAAGUCCUAUGUUUUUUAUUUUUUCAAAUAGAAUAUAGAGUACUAUAUGAGUUAUCUUUGGUGCAAUACACACAAGAAAGAAGACACCGGAUGUUUUUUUCUUUUUUUGGGGAGGGCGGACAGCAGGCGUGAGAAAUACCAACAGCAGAGAUGGCUGCUAAUCGUCUAAUGAACCACAAGGUUGGCUAGAGGGAACUUAACUGUAUUUACACAGUUAGGCUACUGUUGGUGAAGAAGCUGCUACUGUAACUGACUGAGAGAAGUCCUGCGCCAACAGAGAUUUUUAGCUGGAAUGUUUGUUACUCUUUGUACAAGUUUGGAUAUAAGCACACCAUUAAGGUACUUUUAGGUAAAAAAAAAAAAAACUGUCUUUCUGUGUAUAUAUUUGAAGAUUAUAUAAGUACUUAUAUUAGCUGAUAUGUGGGAUUCUCUUAUGCACAACUGGAUCCGUGUUGCCGAGCUGAAUGAUGCGAUGACAGUGACAAUAUUAUAUGUUUUACUUUAGUAAUUUGGUCUGCCAGUUAUUCAGUCAAAAUGCUUCAAGAUGUCUCACAUGCGUGGUAGCAGCCGACACAGCAUGCUGUACAAGCCACAAGUCAACUCGAGCUUUGCACUUUGACAGGCAGAAUCUAGAUUGUUAACACUAUUCACAGACUUCAUUCUUGUUUGUCUCUCUACAGACAAAUCCAAGAUCAUGUGGGCUUUAUUUAUUUCUCUGUAAUAAAACCCACAUAUGAACAGGAUGUGCCUGGAGCUGACAUCUAGCACUGUCACUUUAUUGAUUAGAGAUCUUUUUCUAUUAUUGCAAAGCGUCUACAGGUACUCGAAACAUUUAACUACUGAAUUUAAAGUUCCCUCUAGACGGUAGACCUCUUGUACAUAUUGAAGAAUUAGUUUUUAGUCUCGGAGUUGAGUAAAACAUUAUUACUUCUUAAAGCCAAAAGUAUUAUUAGAAUAGGAGUAAGAGUCUUAGAUGUGGACUUUUGAGCAUUAGCUCGAGUACACUGUGUGUGUGUGUGUGUGUGUGUGUGUGUGUGUGUGUGUGUGUGUGUGUGUGUGUGUGUCACAGUCUUGAGGGGAACCAAGGACAUCACUGUUACUGGGAAGACAUAAUCAUGAUUUAUUUAUGAAUUAAUUUAUUCAAAGAUCAUGUCUGAGCACCAGUUUCAGCCCUUUGGAUCGUGUACAGUGUAUUUAAACGGGACGUUCUCCGCUCUAUGACCACGGAGCUGUACAAUGUACUGUACCUAAUAUAUAAUCUAAGUACUGGAAACUGACUUGAUGUUGUUUAUAUUUAAGAAUAGAACUUUAUAAUGUAUAAGUUUUGUAUAGUUUGAAAAGAUAUCGCAAGAUUUCUAUAACACAGUGUUUUUUUUGACAAUGCACGGCCGAGUCAAGUUGCCAUGGAAAUGUUUGAGGAUUUUGGUGAGAUGGCCUAAAAAGAAAAAAAUUGCAAUGUUUAUCCCAGGUCCUAAUAUAGGUGGAAGAUGUUGCCCCUCCCCUCGCUGGGGCUGGGUAUUGUUAAAAAAUGUUCCAUACUAAUACUGUGCCUCUGGUAUUGGUUCCUGAACGAUAUUUUUUCGAUUCAAAUUUUAUAAAACCCAUUUUAACAAGAAAAAGAAAUUACACAAUAUGGCACAAAUCUAUUUACUAAUUACAAAUGUAUUUAUUGAUCCUACCACGUGAGCCCCGUCUCUGUGUAAUAGUGAUAAACCGAUUUAAUUGGCCGGCUGAUAUAUCGGGCUGAUAUGUGCGUUGUUCCGUGUAUCGGCAUCGGCCGAUAUGCGGCUGCUGCGUUCGCCGAUAGUUUUUUCCAUGCACUGCCCCUCAAGCACUUUAUUUUAAUGGCUACUUUUCAGGUUUAUUGUUUUCUUAAAUUAUUUAAAUGUAUCGACAAAGGACAUUUAAUGAUGACCUGAUUAUAUCUGUCUUCUAAUAUGUCCUUGCACAGUUAACCAUAUGCAGUGCACCCAUCAAUAUGAUGCACAUUGCACACAUAAUUUGGGUGAUAUGAAUGUAAGAUGGCUCCAGAAGUGACACUGAUCUGUGUUUUUGUUUAUCAUUUUUAAAGAAAUGCCAGAGCAGAUUCCAAAAACAAAUCCAGUGUGGCAGGCUUUACAUUUUUAUGAUGUAAAUUGAGGAAGCCAAAGCAGUAUCGGCUCCAAAUGUUGGCUCAAAAGAAUCGGCAGCCCCUAUUGGACAUUGUCUAAGGCUGAUGAAAAAAAGAAUCGGCAUCGGCACUAAAACAUCCAUAUCGGUCGACCCCUACUGUGUAACGCACAGUUCUUCCUGCGUGUCUCUACAACCUGUAAAGUUAAACAGACAAUCCCAAUCACUAUCAGAUCAUGGGUAAAAGCAUGCUGUAUGCUUACUGGCUCAUUGACGCUGAUGAGAUUUACGCCUUAGGUAUUUGAAUUUGGUAUUAAGUGACAAGGCAUUUUUCCAUACCUAGGAGUUAAUUUUGGCCGGUGCCUAAAAUGUUUUUAAAUUCGGUACCCAGCCCUACCCCUUGUGUGUUGAAUUAAUGGUGAAUCAUGGAUGUGAAGAUUCCCUUUUGGAUAAAAAAGUGCAUCCUGACAUCCUUUGAACUUUCACAAAAAGUUGUUUCUUAAAUCACAGUGCUUUAACUCUCGUGCCAACCCUUGUAUUUAAGGCUUCAAAACCAAUGCUUGAGGCCAUUCUCCUGCUUGUCAACAGUAUUGCCACUCUGUUUCAGCAUGUGUUCAAACAAAAUGUGGAAGAAACUAUUAUUUUACUUAAUUAUUUUGAGAAUUCUCAUGUUAAUAGGUAGGUGUUGAUGCUCCUCCAGCGGCCACAAGAGAGCGAUGUAGAGCUGUGUGACGUCUUCAGAGAUGGCUGUUAUUUUACACACUCAGUAGAAAGUGGUUUGGGUAUUUUUUCAGGUAGGCUACCUAGAGAUAUUAAAUACUGGUCGGUUUGCAUGCCUCUUUCAUAAUUCCGAUUAUUUUGUGUGUAAUUUAUAUGCAUUUUCCAAAAGGCACUGUCUUGAUUAUGCUGUUCAUAUCAGAUGGAUAUGCUAUUAGAAACACAGAUGUUGGAAUGACUUCUGAUGAACAGUUAUAUUUGAAGAUAUAUACUGUGUUUAGAAUGUAAGCCUACAACAUUUAGUUUUCAGCUAAUUAACAUUGUUUUAUGCUCAUGUCUUUGGAAUUGUUUGUAAAUCCUCAUUUUUGUUGAUGAUGACCUCUGGGCAGAGCUCCGAGACAUAGAGAGAUUAAGAUGUUGGCCUUGUUCCCAGUGGUCUUCCUGCAAUAAACUGAUUUACAU